CUUCAAUGGAAUCCACCGCCACGAAUCAGACUCCCUCUCCAAGCUCCACCGUUGACGUUGCCAAUGACGAUGGUGUCUACACCGAUGAAUUUACCAAACUACCCCCAGACUACGGCAGCGAGGAGGAUGAUAGCGUUGACUUCAGCCACGAACAAGACUCUAGUUUGGUACCAAUAGGAUUGGAGUUAUAUGAAGCUAUUGACACUGAGACUGGUUCAAGAUCCGUAGACAAGAACCAUUCACCUGAAACUGAAGAUGCAGUAAGAGGAAAAGAUUCACAAACAGAACGUGAUUUAUUCGAUGAUGAUGUGGAGACUGUGAUCAAGAACCAGCAUGAGUAUUACUUUUACUGCCCCUGCUGUGGUGAAGACAUCACCAAAACAGUCAAACUCGUGAAGAAAUCAGAUCUCCAACCCGUGAAAAACGGUGACGCUGCAACAGAAGCUGUUGACACUAAGAAUGAUUCAAGAUCCGAAGACAAGAAGACACAAGUUUUAUCAUGGUUCCCUGUUUAUCUCCAGAAGCUGUUUCUUUCUGUUUAUGACCACAUCAAAGACAAAGAUUCAAAGUCAACUAUCAACGAUCUUGGUACCAAUAGCGAGGAACCGAGCAUUGAUGUCAAGAUUGAAAAAGAUAGACCGAGUUUUCCCAAGUGGUAUCUCGAUGUUUUUGCGUGGUUGUUCCUAUGUGUUAUUAUUGCUUUUUCUGUCCUUUCCAGUUCCACUUCUCCACAACAAUCACUUUCUUUCACUCCACCACAUCUGGACCUUCCUUCUGUCUCUUCAUUACCGCUGUCUUCAGCUUCCAUACUUUGGUUACUUCCAGCCUUUGCGGUGUUGCUUCUCAUCAUUAUAGCAAUGAAGUCCGGUUACAUUCCCAUAUAUCACAAGGAGAAAGACGACAAAGAGAUUGACUCCAAGUAUAAUGAUACUACUAGUGAAGAAGAACAGAGUAAGAAAACUCAAUAUGACAAUGACCAAACUGCAUAUCCUGCUCAAGAUUCUGACAAAAAGACAGACAACCAAAAAGUUCACCCAGUUCUGGUAGAUCCUCCUCCACCACAGGAGCAACCAUCUAUGCAAAUUUCCGACAAGGAAACUCAUGAAAAUGUAGAGAAAGAAACACCAGCUGAAACUCAAGCAGAACCUGGGGUGAAACCAGAUACUCAACCAGAGAUCUCAAAGAGUGUUGAACCUCUUAAAGGCGGUAAUAAACUUGAAAUAUUGAAAAGUAUUGUGUAUGGAGGCCUAACACAAUCCAUCACAAGCCUUUGCACUGUAACAUCUGCAGCCGCCUCUGGUGCUUCAACUCUGAAUGUUUUGGCCUUGGGAGUUGCUAAUUUGUCAAGCGGUCUUCUUCUGAUUGUUCACAGCCUUCAAGAACUAACAAACGAGAAACCCAAAGCAAGAACCAGCACUGAUGAUCAGCAAGAAGAAGAAGAAGAUAAGUAUGUGGAAGUUCUUGGAAGAAGAGAGAAAUGGUGGUUUCACAGAUUGAUCGUAAUCACGUCUUUCGUCGUAUGCGGUCUGAUCCCACCUCUUGUAUACGGCUUCUCCUUCAGAAGAAGAAUCGAGAAGAGACAAGAGUACAAGACAUUAGCUGUUUACGCAGUGUCUCUCCUCUGCAUCGUCUUGCUCUCUGUUGCGAAAGCUUACGUCUCGAAGAGACCCGAGUAUGUCAAGACUCUGUUUAGGUACACGUCAAUGGCGACGACCGCGUCUGGAUUCUCUACGUUCAUGGGAUAUUUCGUAAACCAGUGGCUUGAGAAAAGCGGGUUUUAUGAUGAAGCUACAGAAACUCCACGAGUUUGAGACUUUAGUCUCUUGUUCUGUCUUUCACUUACAUUGUCCUUUUAUUUCCUUUUAUAGUAUCGAAUGUUUUCCUUAGACAAACUAAAACAAUAUUUAUUUUUAUAGUGAAAUAAAGUAGAGAGUACUUCAACGAGACACAAAGAAACUUUCUGUUGGAAC